GCACAUUUCAGGCAAGCGCGCGGGAUUUUACGAAUGGUAACUUCCGUCAACUAAACAUCGGUGCCGUUCCCAGUGACUGACGAUGGCUUUGUCAGGUAGCCAGAGUGACCUUGAACAGCGGUUUGGUCAUCUCAUACAACCCAUCCGAGACUUGACCAAGAACUGGGAUAUAAACAUAUGCAGCUACCUUGAAGACUACCUGGAUGAGCUUGAAAAGAUCCAGGUUACCUUCGAUGAUGGCCACACGACCAUGAACUUCGCGGAGGCGGCUCUUCUCAUCCAAGGCUCGGCUUGUGUGUACAGCAAGAAGGUGGAGUACCUGUACACGCUGGUGUAUCAAGUCCUGGAUCUUCUUGCCAAUAAAAAGAACUCCCAGAAGCCAUCAUCAGUAGACAAAGAUGGGAAUGACAACGAUGCCAACUUCCCCCACGACGAGGAUGAGGAGUUUCUGUCCUUGGACGACAUCAAGGAACACAAGAACGUCGACAUGAAGGAGGGUGCCCACAUCCUAGACAGGUCCAUCGCCCCCAUCCCUAAAACCCCACUCGCACUCAUCCCACUGGAGGACGGAGAGAAAGGACAGAACCCACUGCUGAGUAAAACUGGCGAAGUGCUGGCAAGUCGAAAUGACUUCAAGAUGAACACAAGCUACGUGCAUCCCUGCGGCUCCAUGUUGUUAGACAUGACCCACCUUAACCUCCUGGAACUGUCUCUGAAACUACUGGCGUCAUCCACACCAUAUCCCACUAAACCAGGUGCAGCCAAACUGACAGAGGAGUGCAACGGCAACGUGGAGAUGCAGGCUGAGGGAGCAGGGGAUGUGCCGAACGACGGAGGGGAGGAUAUGCCCAUGAAUAUGUCAGUUGACUUUGACGACAACGACGGUGGCGAUGCACUUGGUGCGAGUUUCAAUGCCGAUCCUCUUGCCCCUCCGGAGGAAGGGGAGGGGUUGCGGAGGUCAGAGAGGCGAAGGGUGCAGAUUGUUGAACCAGUUGCUCCACCAAAGCCAACUGUAGAUCCAUGGCUGUCGACAGAUCCGUAUGAUGAAGACAAGAAUAAAGCAAAAGCUCUAUCAAAAACUAGAAAGUCAGUGAGGAUACCCAUCAAAUCUGGAGACACAACGAAGAAGAGGAAACGAAAGAUGCCUGUUAAAGAAACGACCUUAGAGCCUCUUGUUUGCCGAGAGAACUUCAGAGACUCCGGCCAGCGGAAGAUCCGAGACCAGCUGAGUGAGUUCGAGGCCCUCUACUGGGAGGAGUUCACGAAGAGGAAGGCCAGCGAGAAGGAAGAGAGGAAAAUGAUGGCUCUCGCAGGCUACCAUACAGAGGAAGAAGAUGAAGUGGUUCCGGAGGAAGAGGGGCCAGAACUAAUGGCGCCAGGCGACGGCGAUGACGACGAUGUGGAACCCCUGCAUGUAGAUGAUGAUCUGGCGUUCCCGGGAGGAGAACAGUUCCAUCACAGAAACUCCAUCGCUCUCAAUGACAGCAUGUUUGACAACGAUGCCAUGGUGACGAGCUACGAGGUGCUGGUCAGGAAGCAUGUGGAAGCGUUUAUGGCAAGUGCGCAGGAAUAUGCACAAAUCACAGAGCUUUCAAAGCGUGUUGCUGAUUGGGAAGAGAAAAUAGUUCCUCGGUUACGAGAGGAAGAACAGCAUGAACCGUUCGACAUUCACAAGUAUGGCACCUCGGUGAUGGACAACCUCUCCAAGACUCAAACGAUUCCCUUCAAACGGAUAGCAGCAGGAAAACCAGAGUUUGAAAUAUGUCGCCUGUUCCUAGCAACGUUACAACUGGCCAAUGUGGGCAACCUGGAGAUCAGCUGCCAAGGGACACUACAUGAGGGCAUGGACAAGAUGGCGCUGCAACUCAUCUCAACAAAACGACACUUUGAAGAACUAGCAGAGUAUCAGGCUCCUUCGGCAAAGUAGAUCAUGAUAUUUAAAUACUGUACAUAGCUGUAUAGCAUUGCGUAGGCGUGGAAUGGGUCCCGCUGUAGAAGUGGAUGAGGGGGAGAUGAUAAGGAGAAAGGAGAAAAAAUAUGUUGGUCCACCAGAAAAUUACACUGGUCCACUAGACAAUUACACUGGUCCACCAGACAAUUACACUGGUCCAAUAGACAAAUACGCUGGUCCACUAGACAAAUAUGCUGGUCCACCAGACAAUUACACUGGUCCACCAGACAAUUACACUGGUCCACUAGACAAAUAUGCUGGUCCACCAGACAAUUACACUGGUCCACUAGAC